CCGUCUUUCCUAAUCCUCCAUUCGGCAAGUCUUCUACGCUCAUUGACAGAGUCCAACACAAGCUAACAAUUUUAGCUCUCUAUAACACCUGAAUAUGGGAGAGGGAUUGUUAGGACAGUGGUAACCGUGAUUUAAACACACGUCUGUAAACCUGCAGAGACAACGGGAGAAUGUAAGACAACUGGGACGGGACAGAAGUCAAGAUGGGUGAAGCUCCAAAGGGUUUGCUCUCUGUGAUGCAAAAGCUGAAGGGAUCCACAGAGCUGGAGCUCAGGAUAGUUCUGUUGGGUCUGGACAACGCUGGUAAAACCACACUGCUCAAGUGUCUCGCCUCGGAGGACGUAAACACCAUCACACCAACACAGGGCUUUAAUAUCAAAAGCGUGGCCUCCCAUGGGAUGAAACUGAACGUGUGGGACAUUGGCGGACAGAGAAAGAUACGUCCUUUCUGGAAAAAAUACCUAGAAAACACAGAUUUAUUGGUUUAUGUCAUAGACAGCGCUGACAAGAAGCGGUUUGAGGAAACAGGAUUGGAGCUGUCAGAGCUGACAGAUGAGGAAAACCUCGCAGGCGUUCCCAUCCUCAUCUUCGCGAAUAAGCAGGAUCUGGGUACGGCGUCUCCGGCCAGUGAGAUUGCUGAAGGUUUGAACCUGCACACGUACAGAGACCGAGUCUGGCAAAUCCAGGCCUGUUCAGCAGUCACAGGAGAGGGUGUACAGGACGGUAUGAAUUGGAUCUGUAACAACCUCGUCAACAGGAAGAAAUGAACCUUUCUACUGUAUACACCACAUGAUUUGCAUAUAAUCAGUACAAUAAGCUCAAAGUGCUCCAAAGGUGUUUGCAUUUUCCUUCAAAUAUACUGUUUCUAUGUUUGCUUGUAAAAGGGUAAUCUUAUUUAUGACUAGAGACUGAUGUUAGAAAAGCAUUUAGAAAUUAUGUUCAUUCUAUGGACAGACAUUUCUCACAAACAUUAACUGCAACUUAUUUUGUUUGAGUUUUAUUUUAAAAUAAAUCAUAACUACCGUAUUGUAAAUUGGUUGUUGAUAAUUAGAGGAACAGAGAGGGUUUGAUC